UGUCAAGAGAAGUGGGGCAAGUGCGAGAAUAAGCGAGAACAGUGAUGCCAGAAGAGAUUAUCAACUCACAGAGAUGUUUAUAUACAAACAUGUGCCGGUCCACAAUGGAAGUGCAGCGUCGAAAGUGUAGUCUCUCCUUCAUUUACCGUUCCAACUUCUUCAAGGACGCGUUCUUGCUCAUUCUACUAUUUAUACGGCUUCUAUUGCCAUGGCUUCUUACCUUACCCUUCGACGAGCUCUCACGGCUGCAGCAUCGAUCUCUGCAGUCAGUGCUACUUCCCUUAGCGAUGUUUGUUCAUCGACAUAUGCACAAGCGGCUCUCCCAGCGUCAAGUUUCUACCCUGGUAUCACCAUAGACUCGUCCUCUACCACAGCUGCCCUCGUCAGCAAUAGCUCGGUGAGCUCAGAAUGGUACCCAACGGCAACAAUCGAGUACUGCAAUGUCACAUUUGCCUAUUCCCACAACGGUCUCACCAACGAUGUUGUUCAUGUAUCGUACUUAGUUCCUGCCCCAGAGAAUUUUCAGAAUCGUUACGUUUCGACUGGAGGUGGAGGUCUUGCUAUCAAUUCAGGCUCACAAUACAGCCCUAGCGGUAUCAUCGUUGGUGCCGUCUCAGGCAUCACUGAUGGUGGCUUUGGCAAUUUUGACACGCAAUGGGAUGCCGUUUUUCUUGCGGCUAACGAUACCAUCAAUUGGCAAGCAACUUACAUGUUCGGUUAUCAAGCUCAUCAUGAGCUUGCUGUCCUCGGAAAAGAAUUCGCUCGAAAUUUCUACAAUGUAUCAAGCGACACCAAGGUCUACUCUUACUACCAAGGGUGCUCUGAAGGAGGCCGUGAGGGUUGGAGUCAGAUCCAGCGUUUUGGAGAUCAGUUUGACGGUCUUGCUAUUGGUGCUCCGGCAUUCCGCUAUGGCCAGCAACAAGUGAAUCAUUUGAUCGGGAAUGUCGUCGAACAAACUCUCAACUAUUUCCCAUCAAGCUGUGAGUUGGAGAAGAUUAUGAAUCUGACCAUUGCCGCAUGCGAUCCAAUGGAUGGUCUGACCGAUGGGGUUGUCUCCCGAUCUGAUUUAUGCAAGCUGAACUUCGAUAUUAACAGCACGAUUGGCGAAGCAUACUCUUGCGCAGCUACCACCAGCAGUGGUUCUAGUGGUUUUGGCGGUCUUGCUAGUGGAGGUUCCAUUAAGCGCCGACAGGAUGAUGGUUCCACCAGCGCGAUACCAGCACAAAACGGGACAGUGACUGCAGAAGGUGCUGCCGUAGCUUCUGCUUAUCUCGACGGCUUUCACAACUCCAAGGGAGAGCGUGUUUAUAUCAGCUACCAGCCUGGAGCGCAAAUGGCGGAUGCAGCAACUACGUAUGAUUCAACAACUAACACAUGGGGCUUGGAUAUAUCUGGUCUCGGUGGAGAGUGGGUUGCCCGCUUCUUGGAACUUCAGGAUGCAAGCACUCUCGCCAACUUGGACAAUGUAACAUACGACACUAUUGAGACAUGGAUGAAGUUGGGCAUGAACCGCUACGCGGACAGUCUUCAAACUACCUACCCUGACUUGACCGACUUCCAGACAUCCGGCGGAAAGGUCAUUCAUAUUCACGGCGAGCAAGAUAACUCAAUUCCAACAGGUUCUUCUGUGCAUUACUACGAGUCAGUGAGAGAAGUCAUGUAUGGAAAUGCCACCUACAACGAAAGUACUGCGGCCCUCGACGACUUCUAUCGCCUCUUCCUUGUUCCUGGUGGCGCACAUUGCAGCUCCAAUACGUACCAAUCUUCCGGAGGAUGGCCAGCGACCACUCUCCAAACUGUUAUUGAUUGGGUUGAGAACUCAGUGGCUCCGGAUACUUUGAACAAUUCUGGUACCGUCAUCGACUCUCUCUGCCGCUAUCCUCUGCGUCCUCUGUGGUCUGGCAAUGGAACCUCUUUCGAUUGCGUGUACGAUCAGACCUCUAUCGAUACCUGGAACUAUACAUUUGACGCGUACAAGACUCCGUUGUACUAGGUGUCCUAAGGCUCGCCUUGGAGAUGGGGAGCAAAGUUCUUUUUCUGGUGUCCAAACUUUUCAUGAUAUAAUGUAACAGAUGUAUAUAUCUCUGUUCUGUAUAGUACUUAUUUGAAUUCGAG